GUUGUAAUUCUAUAGAAAGGACGGUAGAUGGUGCACUUAGGAAGUCGAUAUGGCAUGGAAAGGGUGUACAGCGUAACGGAGCGGAAUCUAUUUUUUUCUAGCAAAGUAAUGGUUCAAUUAAAAAGAUACAAGAAAGUUACAGUCAAAUAAAAAUAUAGGGAAAUGACCCAAAUAGGAGAACCGUUAACUCUAAAUCGAGACAUUAAACGAUGUGUGGAGCUCUUAGAAAAGCUUCAAAAAAAUGGUGAAGUACCAGCUACAAAAUUAGCAGCUCUGCAAAAAGUUCUACAAAGUGACUUUUUGAAUGCUGUACGUGAGGUGUAUGAGCAUGUCUAUGAAACAGUUGACAUCCAAGGCUCUCAAGAUGUAAGAGCUUCUGCAACAGCUAAGGCCACUGUGGCUGCUUUUGCUGCCAGUGAAGGACAUGCACAUCCAAGAGUAGUCGAAUUACCUAAAACUGAAGAAGGGUUGGGUUUCAAUGUAAUGGGUGGAAAAGAACAAAAUUCUCCGAUUUAUAUUUCAAGAAUUAUACCAGGUGGUGUUGCAGAUAGACAUGGAGGUUUAAAAAGGGGUGAUCAACUUCUCAGUGUUAAUGGAGUUUCAGUUGAAGGAGAAAAUCAUGAAAAGGCAGUGGAACUUCUUAAGCAAGCCCAUGGUUCUGUAAAAUUAGUUGUAAGAUACACUCCUAAGGUACUUGAAGAAAUGGAAAUGCGUUUUGAUAAACAAAGAGCUCGUAGACGCCAGCAAUACAAUUAAUUAUACUGCUAAAAAUUUUUGUGCAAUAUUCCAUAUGCAAUGUGUCCUAUACAGGUGCAUGUAGAAUUCAAUAGCUUACUAAUAAUUUAUCUAAUAAGCUAUGUAUACAUAAAAGAAAUAAUUUUUUGGAACUGAACUA